GACCACUGUAUCAUCCGGCUACCACGAGCGGCGCGAACACGUUGGGACUGGUGCGCAUGGGCUGCUGGGUAUAAAAGAGACUCGGGUUGGCUUGCAAGCCCACGGCGCGUCUUGCUGAAACGCGUGCUGGCUACGUUAUUACACGGCCGACUCUUCGCUGGGCCCGCCAGAAUACAGACAAUAGAGUCGCAUAGUGUCCACGAGCGUCGUCUGGCUACCCUGUUCUUCUGCCGCUAUCUACCGUUCCACCGUGCCACUCCGUCUCCCUCCAUCAAGCCAGUCGCAUAACGCGCAACAUGUUUUUUCUCAAAGAACUCGAAAAGACGAUCCAGCUGCAUCCGUCAUACUUUGGUCCUCUGAUUCGCCAGCACAUCCACCGCGAACUGCUGCAAAAAGAGGAGGGCUCGAGCACGGGAAAGUACACCAUAGUGUGUAUCCUGGAUUCGUUCGACAUCUCCGAUGGCAAAGUCAUGCCAGGCUCCGGCUCCGCCGAGUACGUUGUACACUACAAGGCGGUCGUAUGGAGGCCGUACAAGGGUGAGGUGAUGGACGGCAUUGUCACCUCAGUACUCCGCACAGGUUUCUUUGUAGAUUGUGGCUCUUUGCAGGCAUUCGUAGGACGCAGUAUGAUUCCCGCUGAAAUCAAGUUCGACGCAAACGCAACGCCACCACAAUGGACCGACGACGGAGAGCAGGUGAUUGAAAAGGGCACCAACAUUCGCAUCAAGAUCAAGGGUCUGAGAUCCGAGGUAGACAAGAUGUACGCUGUGGGCACAAUGAAGGAGGACUACCUUGGACCCCUGCCGUCUUAGACUGGCAACGAAACAAGCGUUGUUGGCGGGCUCGAUGAGUCCGACGGAAGCUCAGCACCACUACCCAGGCCUCCUUCCCCAGUCAGGGUUACUGCCAUACCCAUUUCUUCUUCUGAGGAUCCUUUCGAAAUUCCUUUUUCAAGUGCCCUGUCCACCUUAGAUUUAAGCAAAAUACUGGUCGUGUCAAUGCAAAACAGCGGCCGGAGCAUUACUUCACAAAUUGACCAUGAGUUAUGAAGCGACACAGCUUCCAGGGCUCCGCUUGGUUACCAUUGCAGGCAGGGAACAAAUGAGGCCCAAAGUGGCAGUGGCAGGAAUAGGCUGUAACCAUAUUGUUCCAACUAAAUCCCAAUUUGGACUUGAAUAGAA